UUCUUAAGAAUCCUUCUACUUACUCACAACAGCAACUUCGGAUCUGCAAACUACAAGACGAUAAAGUUUAUGUUCUGCAGACAAACAUCCAUAACGACAGGCCAAAUAUGAAAAGAUCAAAUAUAGAAAACACCAACUAGGUCGGUAAUCUCUUUCAGGAGACCAGAAUAAACAAUCUCCAUAAACGUAACACAAAAAGAACCCAAAUGGCAGCUCCUUAUAUUAGUUUAGUUUAAUAGUGUGAGCAGGGUGUGUUACUUGAUUUGAGAGCUGAUAAGAGAGAAAAAUGCCAUGGAAACUGCUAUGAAUAGAAGAGAUGGAAAGUACAGCUACACCCGCAAUUCUUCGGGGCAGACGAGGAUUGGAGCUGGUGAAGGACUUGAUAAACAAAGGAAUUGAUGAAAGCUUGAUGUGGCUAAGCUCAUGUCAUCUUCUUCUUUUUCUUCCAAAAUAUUCAGGGUUGCUGAUCUGGGAUGUUCUGUUGGGCCUAACACAUACUUUGCUGUGCAAAACAUUAUAAAUUCUGUGAAACUCAAAUAUCAAGAAACUGAUGUUGAGUUUCAAGCAUUUUUCAAUGACCAAAUCUCUAAUGAUUUCAAUGUUCUCUAUCUUCCUUCUGACAGGGAAUACUUUGUUGCCGGUGCUCCUGGUCCUUUUCAAGGUCGCUUGUUCCCCAAGAAUUCUAUUCAUUUUGUCCACUCCUCCUAUUCAAUCCAUUGGCUCUCAAGUGUUCCAGAAGAGUUAGUAGACAAGGAUUCAUCCGCGUACAAUAAGGGGAAGAUCUAUUACACAAGUGCCCAGGAACAAGUUUUCGAAGCUUACACAGCUCAAUUUGCAAAAGGCAUCACAUCUUUUCUCAAUGCCAGGGCACAAGAGGUUGUCCAUGGAGGGUUUAUGGCCUUAUUGAUACCUUGCUUUCCAGAUGGCACUCCUCAUUCACAGUGCAACGUUGAAGCCAUGUUUGAUUUACUUGAAGACAGCCUCAUGGAUUUGGUCAAUAUGGGAUUAGUUAGUGAGGCUAAAGUGGACUUCUUCAACUUGCCAAUGUACCGCACAAGUCCACAAGAAUUGAAGGGGUUGAUCACUUGAUUGAGAAAAUUGGUUAUUUUAGCAUUGAGAGAAUGGAAAACAUACACCUUAGUUGGACUCCAGUUGAUGCUUCUUUCAUUAAGAAUUUGAUCCAGCACUUAAGAGCUGCUUUGGAAGGAAUGAUCAGGGAACA